CUGCUGGUCUUACUCCUCCUCCUGUCCCCUUAAUCAGCUGCAAACAUUGUGACUUCUUCUACCACCCCUGCAAUGGCUGUUCCUGUAGUGAACAAAGAAUCCCAAUUGGAAAAACCAGUGCAACCUGAUGCCUCUUUUCGUGAAGAGGUAAACUCCCAACCACUUCCUGAAAAACCUGCAACUGCUGCUGAUCAGAUGAAUGGUGUAGCUGCAAAAGUAGUGAUCAAGCAGGCUGAGGAAUCUGCUGUUGAAGAAACACCUGUGUCGCAGCAAAUUACCACCACUGAUCCUCAAGUGACUGCUGCUGAAACACCAAUGACUGGAGAACCUAAAUCCCCUGCUGAGGCUCCUGUUUCUGCCUCAGGUGGAACACCCACUCAAGAAAUCACCACUAAAAAGUUAGUUGAAGGUCAUGAGUCAGCUUUUGAAGCCAAAGAACCCACCAGCCAAGCACUAGAAGAAAGCACUGUUCAAGAGGUUGUUGCAGAAGUACUGGUAAAAGUGGCUGCAGGUAUUCCUGAUGAACCAACGGCUUUGCCUGCCCCUGAAGAUCCAAGUGAAGAUGUCACUGAGAAACUGGGUGUUGUCCCAGACCUGAAGAAUAUUGGCCAAGAACCUGGAAUUCUGCCUGAAGUUACCAGUGUUGACAUGGGCACUCAAAAUGAAUAUCUUGAGAGAGAACCCGUAGAAGUUCUUGCUAAGGCCAUCCAGUCAAAGGUGUCCUCUAAGUAUGCAAGUUCAUCCAUCUCCACCCGACAUUUGUCAGGUGGGUUUUGUUAGAUACUGGAGCCUUCUUGACACAAAUGUUUAGUUUCCUCCUAAACACAGUUGUCUUUCAUAUAAUUCUGCUUAAACACUUGGAGCUAUGUCAAAUGUG